AUGGCAAUCCAUGCGGACUACCCUGGCCUGACAGUCGAGAUCUUCGUGGACGGUAAGCCACUUGAAGAAUACGAACCUGAAGAAAAGGAGGAAAAUGAGCCUAAAACCACAACGCGAUACAUCGAGUGCCGGUCGGGUGCGCAAUUUGCGAUAAAGACGAACUUCAGGUCACCUUUUGCGCCAAUGAACAUAUCAAUUUGCGUUCGUCUGGACGGAGCAAGAGCCGGUAGUGUGUUUGCACAAAAGCAUGCAAUGCUACAAGAGUUAUACACCCAAUCAAGUACAAAGUGGAAAGAGGGUGGAAAGUGGCGAGCAUCGAAGUUUCUCUUUUCAGACCUUAGCAUAGUGGAGGAUAAUAGCGCGAUAUCGUCCGAAGAAAACCCAGAGACUCUGGGUUCUAUAGGCAUGAUCACUGUAAUGCUGAUACCAGUUCUGCGCUGGAAGAAGAGAGCUAUACCGCGUGCAAGGGAGCAGCACCUGCGGGAGAUAGGAGCAAUCUCUGAGGAAGCCAUCAAAGGCGAUUCACGCUCUCAUAUGAUACGACUUGCACCAAAAAAGACAGUAGCACCUCCUCGCGAGUGGAAAACUUGGAAGGCUGAGCAGCCUCUGGUGACAUUUCAGUUCAAGUAUCGCUCGACAACUGCACUCAAAUCUCUCGGCAUGAUACCACGUUCACCAAGUCCGCCUCCGAUCCCUGAACCCGAGUUGAUCAAGAAGGAAGAAUCACCCGAGCCAACACAGAACAUCGCCCCAAACGUCGUAUCACCUGCUGCCACACUACGACCCAAAACUGCCAGUGUCACCCCAACUCUGCGACAGCCAAAAUCCGGUUCGCCCAGUCUUAACGAACACGACGGUCUCACAGAUGAAGAUAUCAUCGCGCUCAUCAAACACUACCGGGGAAACGACAAGGGAUUGGCGGGCCAAAAUAGGAAGCAUCUACUGGUACUGCUUAAGCAUUAUGUGGAUAAGGAUAAUGAGAGUGUACGCAUCAAGCAAGAGGCGACCCCCAGUGAAUCACGAGUACAUAUCAAGUGUGAGCAUGACGAUGAUGGUGCUGCGCGUGGACAGGGAAAGAGGCGCAAGCCUGAAGUCAUAGUUCUGGACGACUGA